AUGCGACUUUUAGUAGACAUCAGGAUUCGUAUGAUAUCCUGUCCCGGCGUCCGGAUGUCAUAUAAUAAUAGUUCAGACAUUGGUUUACACAUAAAAUUGUUUAACUCUUUGGCUAUAAGUUCUCAAUCGAAACUUAAAUUUCCGAUCUUUCUUUACGAACACUUCUUUUUCAGCAAAGAUUUCAAUUGUGAUAAUAAGUCUCAACUUUUGGAUUUACUUUCAGAAGAAACCAUUUGUAUUGAAUUGUUGGAUGAAAACGGUUUAACAGUUUGCAGAUAUGAGUCCAAUUCAAAAGAUUUUCUUUAUCCGUGCCAUCAAUUGAGACCACAAUACAGUCAAUCAAGUCGUUCACUUCUUAUGGAUUGUUGUCUUCUGCCAAUUGCACCAAAACUUGAAUUUAAUAUAAUUAAUACCAUUUUAAAUGAUAUACAAGAAUUAGAGCCACAAUUUACAAGUAGUAAUGACUGCCAAUCGUUUGAAUCAAUUGAAAGCAGUGAUUAUCGAUGA